AUGUCUGCCACCGGCGCCCUCAAUGCGCCGCCCAAGCGCUCUGCUUUUGGCGAUGUCAGCAACACGGCUAGAGGUCGUGCCUUGGAUCCCAACAGCAAGGAGGCCGUCAAGACUCGUGUCAAGGCUGCUUCUGCCAUGCUCGCCGCAUGCGAGAUCCGUCCAAACGGCAAGGAGAACAACGCAAGUACCAAGGCCGGUGCUUUUUCGAAGGGUAACCCAAACAAGCAGCUUCAGCCUGCUGCUCAGAUCAAAGCCGCUCCCUGCAAUAAUGCUUUGACCCAGCAGAAGGCAGGCAAUGGCCUUGCGCAGCCCCCGAUUCGCAAUGGCGUUACCAAGAAGAUCACAGCUGUUUACAAUGACCGCCAGGACAACAACAACAACAACAACAACAACAACAACAACAACAACAACAAGAUGGGCGCCGAUUCCGAGGUCCAUCUCGCUGAUGAUCUUGCCAUCGUGGUGGCCAAGCUGGCUAAGGGCCCGCGCCAGUUCAAGAGUCAGCCAUCCCUUCGCAACGGGCAGUCGCAACAGCCUCUUCGUUUUGCUCAGAACAAGCUUGCCAUGGAGCGCGAGAUUUCCACUGGCGACGAGGAAGAGACCGGUGACAUCGACGACAACGUGACCGAGGCAGCUUACGAGGACGCCGUCGAGCAGUUGGUCGAAGAGUGCCAGGUUGACGUCAGCCGUGCCAGUGCUCAGUCGGAGAACAUGAAGAAUCAUUCCUACAAUUACGAUUACCAUUCUACCCAGGCCGUCGAGAACUCUCGCCCUGCCAAGCUUCUCCCGGCACUUCCCAUCACCGAGUCAGCGGAUCGUUCCGAGGACAAGGAAAAUCACAAGGGGCAGGGUUAUCCGACUGUGCGCCCCUACCAGCCUCUUGGUGAUAACACUACUCGCAAUUGGAAUGCCAUCCUUGCCCCUAUAGUAGAUGCUCAAGCUCAGCGCGAGCUCGACCUAGCCAAGAUGUACGUGAUGCAGAACCAGACCGACGAGGAGAUUGAGGAGGAGACCUGGGAUGUCAGCAUGGUUGCCGAGUAUGGUGAAGAGAUCUUUGACUACAUGCGCGAGCUCGAGAUCCGUCUCCUUCCCAACCCGAAUUACAUGGAAAUCCAGACCGAGAUCCAAUGGCCCAUGCGCUUCGUCCUCAUGGACUGGAUUGUCCAUGUUCACCACCGUUUCUGUCUUCUCCCCGAGACUCUCUUCUUGACUGUCAACAUCGUCGAUCGUUUCCUCUCGGUUAAGGUUGUUUCGCUCGGCAAGCUCCAGCUCGUCGGCGCCGCGGCUCUCUUGAUCGCAGCCAAGUAUGAGGAAAUCAACUGUCCGUCCGUUCAGGAGAUUGUCUACAUGGUUGAUUCUGGUUACACUGUCGACGAGAUCGUCAAGGCCGAGCGCUUCAUGCUCAGCAUGCUGCAGUUCGAGCUUGGCUGGCCUGGUCCCAUGAGCUUCCUCCGCCGCAUCAGCAAGGCGGAUGACUACGAGCUCGAGACCCGUACCCUGGCCAAGUACUUCCUUGAGGUCACUGUCAUGGACCACCGCUUCGUCAGCUGCCCUGCAAGCUACCUAGCGGCGGGCGCGCACUGCAUCUCGCGCCUGUUUCUGGAGAAGGGCGGUUGGACCCCGGCCCAUGUCCACUACUCCGGCUACACGCUGUCCCAGCUGAAGCCACUCAUCCAAGCCAUGUACGAAUGUUGUAUCGAUCCCCACAAGCACCACGAUGCUGUCUACCAGAAGUAUGCGACAGCCAAGUACAAGCACUGCUCGGCCUACGUCGCAGGCAAAAUGGCCACCGGCAUCACCUUCUCACAACUGUUUGCUGCCGCUACUCGUCCCAGCAACGGUCCUGUCGACGAUACCCCCAAGUUGGGCUUGCCCCCGGCUAUCACGUCGACUGUCAAGCCUAUCCCUCUCCAGGGUUAG